GCAGACAAAGAGAGAGAAGAAGAAGAGGAGGAGGAGCAAGAGAGGAGAAGAAAAGGAGUGGGAUUCAUGUUAAAGAGGAUUAGACGCGCUUGAGCCAUCUGUGUUCCAGCACUGAUAAGCCUCGUGCCACACGUCGUACGUGCAUGCGACGCAAUCACGCUCACAGCGCCGUGCGGGCUUGCGUCCGUCUCCCAUGGCAACCAAGUGUGCUCGAGUGGUCUAUCAAGGAUGGAUUCCCUUACACAGAGGGAAAUAGCGCUGAUAGCGAGACUGCAGAGAGAGGCUGGUGUGCAGAGGCUCAGCAGUCACUUCUCAUGGCCCGAGUUCUGCGACGAGCGACGGCACUUCCAUCAGGAGUUCGUUUAUGACGUCGCCAUGUUCGCCGCGGCCCGUGGCUUCCCCUGGCCCGACGUGAUCCGGGCUGCUGCGAUGGCCAAGGGCAUCUUCCCACAGCUGGAUGGCCUCGACGUAGCCAAACUGUUGUCCUUGCUGAGAAAAGUGCUGCCUGAGAGUUUGCCAGACCUCGCCUCUGUCCAUCGGCACGAGUUCACCAAGUGGCUCACAGACACCUGCGUCACCCGGAGGAGGCUUUUUCAGGCGGCGGUGGGUGGUGCCGCGAACUUGUCCAUCGCUCGGCUACACUUGGAGGUGCAUUUGCCGCCCACGCCAUGUCCUCUAGCACAGGGCACAGAUGUGCAGGAGUGGGAGCGUCGGCGUCGCCUUGCUGAGCUCACCUCAGUGUUGCUCGAGAAGGAGGAGAAGCUGAGAGUGCUACGUGAUGGCUCGAGGGUCACACUAAGGGAGAUGGAUUUCCCUGAGGAUGAGCUGGAUGAAGAGGGGGUCCUAGCAGUGGUGCGUGCAGCCGUGAGAGCCACAGAGGACCAGAUGAUGGCGAGCCUGACCCAAGAGGCCUCCCUGCUCAGUGACAUCAUGCAGCUCAAACUGCAGCAGGCAGCAUUGUCCACCGGGGGGCUCCACAAUCCUUUUAGGACACAUCACACUGGCUCUCGCACAGGCACACCAUCAGAGACAAUGCAGCGCUCAGCAAAAAACAAAUAAACAGGACUGAGGGAGUCUGGAAAUUCUGGACAUCAGUGAAUAAAGUCAAGUCGAGGAACUGACA